AUGAAAAAAAUGAUGGAGUCACAUCAGGGCAGGCAGCCAAAUUGCGCUGAUGGGUUAUGGAAUUCCAAUAAACAAAAUAAUCAAAUAAAGGAAAGAGGGAAUACAAAUAAUAACGAUAAUGAUAAUAAUAAUAAUAAUAUAAGUUACAAUGAGGAAUACAAUACACAUUUUAAAGAUCUACAAAAUAAUGAUAAUAUAAAAAAAAAGGAAACAAACUCGCCAAAUCUUAAAAAUUAUAAUAAUAUACAGCCAUACGGCAAUAUAAAUGAUCAAAAAAAAAAAAAUUUUUUUUUUAAUAAUUUUACAAAUAAAGCUAGUAACACUAGCAAUAUUAAUAAAGGUUAUUCUAUUGCCAACAAUAUAAAUAGAAAUUGUGAAAAUUGGACUAAUAAUACUACUUAUCAAUGUGAUGGAAAAUACCCAUCAUCUUCUUUAUAUAAUAAUAAAAACAAUUACAGGUUUAAUAAUUUAAACUUGAAUAGCCAUCACAAUAAUAAUCAUAGCAAUAACAAAAAUAAUAUGUACAUACAUAAUAAUAUAAUACAUGAAGAAUGUCAAAAUGUGAGUAAUGUCCAACCGAUAUCUAACAUAAAUAGCAAUAGUAAUAUAAAAUAUAGAAAUACAAACAACUACGUAACUAAUUUUAAUAAAAAUGGAAAAAAAAGAAAAUUAAUAAUGGGCAAUAAAAUGGUGAAUAACUUUGAAAAGAAAAAUAAAUUAGAAGGGAAUCCCAAAGAUGAAAAUGAAGACGUACAAAAUAGUUCUGAAAAUUUAGUUUCAAAUUUGGAAAAUAAAUUAAAUAUAAAUAGUUCGAAAAAAUAUAACGAAAAUGAUACACAACAAAAUGAUAUACAACAAAAUGACCAACCUUCUCAAAAUAAUAAUACAUAUAAUGUCACAAAAACAGUGGACAAUAUAUAUAAGCAUAAUGACAAAACUAACAUGAAAAAACUUGAAAGAAAUGAAAAUAAUAUUAAUGAUAAUUCUUAUAAAAUAAAAGAAAAUGAUGUACUUAAAGAUGCCAUAGAAUAUUUUUCUAAUAUUAAUAAAUAUAAAAAUGAAGAAUUAAAUUUGGAUGAUGAUGAUGAUAAUAUAAUAAAUUUUGAUGGAGAUAAUAAAAAUAUAUGUUAUGUAUGUAAAAAAAAUAUGUACAUAUACAAAUGUCCAUUUUGUGAAGCCAGAACAUGUUGUUUAGAAUGUUCUAAAAAUCAUAAAAAAUUAUUUAAUUGUAAAAAUAAAUUAAAAAAAGAUUUAAAAAUAAAAAAUGUUGGACGAAAUAAUUUUAAUGAUGAAAUUUUGUAUAAAGAUUUUUUAUUUUUACAAAAUGUUGAAAAAAUUGUAGAAGGAAAUUAUAAAUUUAUAAAAAUAAAUGAUUAUGAAUACAAAUCAAAUAUUUGGGGAUAUAAUAGAGAUAAAAAAAGAUUUCAUAGUUUUAAACAAAAAAAAAUAUAUUUAUUAAAAGCUCCUAUAUAUACAACUUUGCAUAAAACAAAUAAAACAUGUAUUCGUAAUAAUAUUAUUUAUUGGACUGUUAAAGUCACAUUUUCAAAUCUAAAUUUUUUCAUAAUACGAGAUAAUGUAAGUGAAAAUUCGACAUUUCUUCAGCUUUUACAUGUAUUGUGUGCAAAAACAGAAAAUUUGCAAUCAAAAUUAAGUGAGUUCUUUAAAAAUUUGAGCUCUAUUCGCAUUUAUUUAAAAAACGGGGUGGAGGUAAAGGAUCUCAAUAACGACAAAAGCAAAGUUGGUAACACCGACAAGGAGGUGAUUGACAAGGAGGUGAUUGACAAGGAGGUGAUUGACAAGGAGGUGAUUGACAAGGAGGUGAUUGACAAGGAGGUGAUUGACAAGGAGGUGAUUGACAAGGAGGUGAUUGACAAGGAGGUGAUUGACAAGGAGGUGAUUGACAAGGAGGUGGUUGAUGAGGAGGUGGUUGAUAAGGAAGUGAUUGAUAAGGAGGUGGUUGAUAAGGAGGUGAUUGAUAAGGAUGUGGUUGAUAAGGAGGUGAUUGAUAAGGAUGUGAUUGAUGAGGAGGUGAUUGAUGAGGAGGUGGUUGAGAAAAUAGCCGAAGAACAAAAUGAUAACACAACUGAGAAAUCUUUUGAUGGCUUCGAAAAUUCCCAAAGAAAUGAAUGUAACUUUUUUUCAGUGAAACAUACAAUCAACUAUGCAUUGACAAAUCAAUCAUUUUAUGAAUAUCCACAUUUUUUUUUUGAAAUUUUAUAUGAAAAUAAUAUACCAAUUCCAAACCCUUUAUAUAAAGAUAGUUCUACUUCAAAAUCAAGCUAA